AUGAACUUCCUGCAGCGCAUGCGCGUGAAGAAUGUGGCGGAGCUGGCUCAGAAGGCCCACCAGUCCUUCGAGCGCCUGCCGUACGAGAGCAAGCAGGAUCGGGUGGUGGAGGACAUCUCGAAAGCCAUCAUGUCCAUCAAGGAGGCCAUCUUUGGUGAGGAUGAGCAGUCCAGCAGCAAGGAGCAUGCCCAGGGGAUCGCCAGCGAGGCCUGCAGGGUCGGUCUGGUGAGCGACCUGGUGACCUACCUGACCGUGCUGGACUUUGAGACGCGGAAGGACGUGGUCCAGAUCUUCUGCGCCAUCAUCCGCAUCACCCUGGAGGAUGGGGGAAGACCGGGCAGGGACUACGUGUUGGCACACCCAGAUGUGCUGUCCACCCUGUUCUACGGGUAUGAGGACCCUGAGAUCGCGCUGAAUUGUGGUCAGAUGUUCCGAGAAUGCAUUCGACAUGAAGACAUCGCCAAAUUUGUAUUGGAGUGCAACCUCUUUGAAGAGCUCUUUGAGAAGCUGAACGUCCAGAGCUUUGAAGUUGCAUCAGAUGCAUUUGCCACGUUCAAGGACCUCCUCACACGAAACAAGCAGCUGGUUGCGGCAUUCCUGCAAGAAAACUAUGAAGAUUUUUUCUCUCAGCUGGACAAGCUUCUCACAUCCGAUAACUAUGUCACCCGACGACAAUCUCUCAAGCUCCUGGGGGAGCUGUUACUGGACAGAGUCAAUGUGAAGAUCAUGAUGCAGUAUGUCUCGGACGUCAACAACCUCAUCCUGAUGAUGAACCUGCUCAAGGACUCCUCACGCUCCAUCCAGUUCGAGGCCUUCCAUGUUUUCAAGGUCUUUGUCGCCAAUCCCAACAAGACCAAGCCGGUCGCCGACAUCCUUGUGAACAACAAGAAUAAGUUGCUGACAUAUUUGGAGGACUUCCACAACGAUAGAGAUGAUGAGCAGUUCAAGGAGGAGAAGGCUGUCAUCAUCAAGGAGAUCAGCAUGAUGCAUGCCUAG